AUGCCUCCACGCGCUCCCUCUUCUGUGUACGCGUUUGGUGCAGGCUAUCGACCUGGUCAGUUCGACCGAUUCCUCGAUCAGGUGGACAUGGGAAUCGACAUGGGAGGACUCGUCCGGUUCAACGAGGAGGAGAUCAAGGCAGAGCGUACUGAGCAGUAUCGCGUCCAUGCCCGCCUCCGUCUCAACCUCGACACAGCCGAGCUAGACCUCAAGGACUUCAUCAACGAUCAUAAGGAACUCAAGAACAAAGGCGAAGAGCUCCAGGGAAACUACUCGCGUCAGACUAAGCUUGUCGAGGACGCCUACGCUCUACGAGACGUCAGCACCGCUAUGGGACUCGAGCUGGUCAAGAAGAACUUGCGAAUCGAGCUUUCCGUCUGUAUUCGAGAGCUAGACCAGAAGGCUAUGGCUCUGAAAUUGAUCAUUGAUGAGAUUCAGAAGAGGAUUGCCAUGAUUGAGCUCAACAUCAUUCGCGCGGAGCAGCGCUUGCACGAGCUUGAGAUGAAGCUUCGUCCCGUCAGCAACAUCAUGGAGGCAAUGAAUCCUUAA